ACUAGCAUCGCGUGGGAAUAAUUAUGAGCAAGAUCGUGGUCGUGUAGAAGUAAGUGCAGAGCCCGCCGUGGUGCCUCAGCAAGCUCUCCUGUCGCCAAGCCACAAAAGGAAAAGACGAAAAGACUGUCAGAGCAAAGUAAAGCGUGUUGCAAUACAAAACUGUGAUGCCGUCGAGGUUGCUCUACUUUCUCCCCGAGCUGCAGAGGAGGGCACCAUCGACGGCACAGCGGAGGCUACGGGUGGCAGUGACGAGCGAGACGAUGACGAAGCGAAAGUGGCGGAGCAGGACCAACAUGAACAAAACAACGCUCGUACAGCAAAAGAAGUCUCAACAGAACAAACCAUUCAACGCAGGCACCGCAGUACAACAACGAGCCGUCCUCUCCAGCGUGGCAGCACGGGUGACCAACUGCAGUACUACCCGGGGCUUGGCGCGACGACGACGCUCCGCGACCACUUCGAAGUAAAUCCGGAUGUGGACGACGACGAAGACGAGUUGGCGAGCAACAAUUCCGAGGUCGAAGCCCUGCAGCAGAGAAUCGAAUCGUUGGAACUACUUGACGUCAACAAGUAUGAAGCUGGGUUUAUCAAGGACUGGGAAUCUCUGAAAACGACGACGGAUAAUGCUCCUCAGAUGAAGAGAAUAUUCGAGCCUCGACCUCCUCUUCCCACGCUUGUUGAAGGUGCAGAGCUACCUGUGUCGGAUGAAGUAAAUAUCGACUGUGAGCAAGAAAAUAAAGACGAGGAUGUGAAAAACCUUCGGGAUUUGCAGUCCGUCGUGACACGGGGCACGGAAACCGCAACCCGGCUCGCUGGUGCGGUGCUGCAAUCUUUGCCGUCUGUUGCGGAGGAAAAUUACUUCGCGGUUGCGAGCGAAGCGGAUUUGGAGGAGGACAAGAAAAAACUGGUGGAGGCGGCACAGAAAAAGCUCGCGUACUGGCACGAGACCGGCAUGGGGAAAAUCUGGGCUCCCGCGUCGGACUCGGACGGGCAGCGGGGCCGGGGGGAGGCUCAGGAGGAGCUCCGUGCCGCAGCGAAGAAGAAAGACGAAAAAGUAGUUCGUGGUUCAUUCACAACUCCAGAAGAUGCUGGCCAAACCGGAAACGGAGGACGAGGAGCGGAGAAAACCACGUUCGAUACAGGUUCAGGUCUUCACGACGCUGCAGCCACCUUCGAAGUGGAAGUUUUUGACCGUCGUACAGUGGUGCCUCAGAUGAAAGUCGAAAACGAUGCUCAUUCUUCCACGGAGAAUCUCGGAGAAGAAUUGGUUGAUCGUCGUACUCGUUCUUGUCGGCGCAUAAAAGCUCUCCACGAUCCCGUAGAUGAAAACAACGUUCAUCAACUGCUUCUCACAACACCGGACCCAGUCCCUUCCCUUAGCAGCCCGUCGUCAACCCCGGACAUGGAGGUCAAAGCCUCCGCAAGCAAAAGCACCAUAUCGCAAAUAUACUGCGCCAAGUCUAUGACUGACGCUGGAUAUUACCGUGCGGACCACCGACAGCAGUUGCUAGAGCUAGACGGAGCCUCCUCGAGAAAGUUCAACUUACGACGAGAAAUAAAUAACGGUGGUGUUGCGAGCGUGUAUCCCGAAACUGGAGUUUUUGCUACUACGUCCCAGCACUACAACAGUGAAGAUCAUCAAACCGUCCGGGACGGUAGCCUCAUCCGCCUGCCUCGCAGCGCUUCUACUUCUCGUGCUUUGGGACGGCCAACAACGUCCGCGGCGCGGACCUUCGUUUCCCUACGCGAUCGGGCGGAAAAGGAUCUGGAGUUUCUCGGCCUCAUUCUCUUCCGAAACGAACUGAAGCCGGAGUCCCCGAUGGCGAUUCGUUGGUUGAAGGCAAACGGCGUGCAUUGUGUGAUGAUCACGGGUAUCAAAUGUAAAAAUGUCUGGGUCUCCUGGAAGAAUGCAAGUUUGUCAUGCUUGUCCCGCAUGAGUCUUGCAUCUGGCAUGCAUGAGCAGGAAAGCAGCCUCUUACCUGUCGUGCAAAAACGCAGUUUGUCAUGCGGGAAGCGAAACACAUGGGAGCUCAGAAACUUGUCGUGCGUGGCUGCGUAACGCAGUGCGCCCACCAUGCACAAACCAGCAUCACAAGUUUUUGCGUGUACAAAAGAGGCUGCGACUUUUGUUGGCUAUGAAAUACAGAUUUCCUAGGUAUGGAGAGCUAGCAUUACAAGUUAGGUUCCAAAAGAGCAUGCUUGAUUUAUAUGUAGGUUCCAAAAGUAGCAUCACAAGUUCCAAAAGUGUAGUUAAGUUAUGCUAAUGCUACGCAACACAAAAAAGCACUUCGUUUUUGAAAGAAAGCACUUCGUUUUUUUUUUUUUGAAACAAAGCGCUUCGUAUUUCUGAAAGGAAGCACUUCGACGUGAAUAAAGAUAGUGCAUGUGAAGAUAAGCAGCAGAUACUUCAACACCUGCGCAGCUUGCGGGGGGGUGACUCCUGUGGUCCCCCCCCACCAGCUGUGCCAUUUCUCAAAUCUCACAGGCGUGCGCUUCUUUUUUUUCCAGCAGAGGCUGGCGGGGAACAAAUAGCCAAGGGGGCCGUAAGUAGAUCAAUCUCUAAGCGUGUAGGUAGUAGAAAUCAGUCUGUGUGUCUCCUUCGCUUCUUGUGACUUAGCAAAUUCUGAAAGUUGUGCGCUGUUUGUCCGACAAUAGUGAAGAGAAAGAAUGAAUUGCUACUGGCCGGAGGACUCUCUACGGGCCGCAGCCAAAGUCGAGCAGGAUACAAAGGUCGAGCAGGAUACAAUGGCAGGAUACAAGGUCGGAGUUGGGCGAGGACCGGGAUGCGGUCGGAGCUUGCGGAUCUUAUCAAAAAGGUACGGCCUAAGGCCUCGGGAACGCCGAACAAAACCGCGCUCUUCUUCGUGAAACGCCCACCGCUUUUUGCGCGAUGGAUAAGAAAAAAAAUCAAAAGAAAAGAAAGUCAAAAGAUGAAAAAAAUCAAAAGAAAAAAAAAAAAAAAUCAAGGAAAAAAAAAUCAAAAGAAAGCAGCGAAAUGAAAAGAAAAAGAAAAGAAAAAAUUGCAAAUCCGUGCGCAGAGAGUUUAGAAAAAAAAAAAAACCAGCAUCACAAGUUUCCAGACCCAGACAUAUUAAUUUGCAAUCCAUAACGGGAGAUGCGGUUUGGACGGGUGUGUCGGUCGGCAGGAAGUGCGGGUUUGUCGAGGACAACGAGGAGCGGGUGUUCGUCGGGGACAUUGUGGCUGGCAUUGCUGGUCGUGGCGAACAAGAACAUGUUCUGUGGGAAGAGGAUGUAGUUGCCUGCGGUACAACCUCCGACGACGCUCCUGCAUCAGCAUCUUCACUUGCACCCCCGCCGACCACGAGGACAAAAAAACUGUCGACGGUAGAAAUGAUUUCGCUCCUGCGCCGGUCGGAGGACCGGGAGCACGUAGGGGCCGAAAAGAUGGAGAAGAAAAUCGUGCUUGCGGUCACGGAAGCUGCGUACAACGUGCUUGUCACGAGUAGUGGUUGUCCCGAAACCGAACUCGAGGACGACGAGACAAGCAGAUGUGAUGUCACCGAAAGUGAUGCUUUGCAUCCUGCGGGUACAACUAGAACUACCGAAAACGUUACUUUUGAGGCCAUUAUAUUACCGAGAAUCCGCAUUUUCGGUCGCACCAAGCCGGACGGAAAGAAGCGAAUUGUCGAGCACCUUCAGAGUAACGGCAAGAAAGUGGUGGCUAUGUGUGGCGACGGUGGUAAUGACAGCGCAGCGCUGCGGCAGGCGCACGUUGGCGUCGCGAUGUGCACGCCGGCGGCCCCGGAGAAUGAGGACGAGACAGAACAAGGAGGUGGUGCUGCAGAGACGAACAAUAGUACCAGCGGCCGAGUAGAGAACAAAGGUGAACCGGACAGGAACGAGACGACGAAAAUCCCCGCAGGCGCAGCACUACAAAGUACAGCAACCACUACAAAUGUGUCCGCGGUUGCGCCUUUUGUCGCCACCGAUCCGUCCGUCUACAAUUCAGUAGUGAAAUUGGUGAUCGAGGGCCGCGCUUGUCUAGAAAACUGUGUCACCAUUGUGCUCUUCUUUAACAUCGUGGGUCUAAGUUGGUGUCUCGGCCCGAAAUUCUUGGUUCAGCUUGUCGGCGCCUUCAUGCCGAUGGGAUUCUGGUUCUGGGUGGACGCGCUGGGCUUCCUCGGACUCCCGUUUGCGAUUGCGCAGUUGAAGCCGCCGGUACACGGGGGUGUCGCAAUGCAACGACAACCAGGAACAGGAACUUCUUUGAUCAAUCCCUCCGCGAAGUUUUUGCACCGUCACUUUCUCGUCACUCUCCUGAUCUGGGUUACUGCGCAACUCCUUCUCUACCUGGUCUCUCACUUCGCUUGCACUCGAGCAACGGGUUGGCUCUUUGGCAGCGAAAUUUUGCAAAACCACUUCUACGCGCCGGUCCAAGUUUUCCGCGAUGACUUCCUCGGUCCCGCGGACACCUUGAGUCGCUCGCACAACUUCGACUCCAGCAGCAACGCGUUUUGGAUGCAAUGGAUGCUGAUUUCUUGCUGCGUGCUGUUGAAUCUGGGAUCUCAGUACCGGGAACCCUUUUGGAAAAACAAGAAGUUUUUGCUCGUCUUCGGACUGCUGUCGUUGCCAGUGCUGUGGUCGUGGUCUUACCCGCUGAUUGAAGCGACUUUUGAUUCCAGCGAAACGGCGUCAAGUAGAACUACAAUAGUAGACCAAAAAGGACAAGAAGUAGGAGGGGAUAGGACGGCGUUCCUCCAACGAAGAACCAACGAGCAGAGGCUUGUUCAAACCCAAGAAGCUUUUGCACCAGUGGUCCAUGUGAGCUACCUGGAUUCAGCGAGUACUAUUCCGCUCGGGGGCCUGGGUCGUGAAUACGGCGAGGAGAAUGUCCAACCGAAGAUGAAGAAAGUCAUCAUCAAAACACCAAACGCCGCAAGGGCAGGCCUCUCUGUAUUCCGCGGCCUGAACUGUGUCUGGAACCUAAACUGCGACCAAACCACCUACUCCGCCAUGUGGGGAUCGAACUUUCACGGCCCAGCCAUGAAUUUUCCGCCUUUGCAGAAGAUUCCGGGCGCUGUCGUCGCGAACGUGCGAGAGGAGGUUGCUGCAUUUGUUUCGUCAAACUUCUUGUCACAGCAAUCUGAAAAAAACAGCGGCAAGCACGUGGUGGGCAUGCUCCGCAGUGAAUUACAGAGAAUCCGGUUGAAUUACAACGCCGCACAAAACGAAGGUGCUAAUCAAGACGCCCGUUGGCUUGAUCUGGAAGAAGCAAAUCGAGACCCCCUGUCCAAGUGCGCGGACCACUGCCGGAGAUUGUGGGAAGUGCGGGCAACGAAGAACGACUUUCGUUGCCAGUACGUGCUCGUGCACUUAAAGAAGGGGUACAACCCGAGCGAGAGCGUACAGGAACCGACGCAACGCAGGGCUCUGUCCUGCUUCUUUCUCGACACUUUUCCAACUAUUCACUUGAAGCGGCACGACGAACGGGGUAUGGACGUGGUGCCGGUCGCAAACCUUGUGCUGCACACCGACUUUGUUCCCAGCAGCGGAGAUGGGGCGUCAAGUAUCACUCAUGAUCUGCAGGUCUUGUCAGAAAUCGAGAUCGCAGUUGACAAACCUGGUGAUACCGAGGCCAUUUUCAUGUUCGAACCGGUGCGCCACAAUGUAUUAGGACGCGGAAACCGUGGGGAGACAAAAGCCUAUUGGCACCUGAUGUUUGUGUUUCUCGCGGGGCUCUUUUGGGGACUCGCGGUGUUUUGCACAAAAUGGCUGAAACGUAGCGAAGACAGGAACGUGCUGCACUUCGAGUAA